GAUGCUGCUAUGGGAAAAUCUUCUGACUACCGUGCAUGUGCAUGCGCGCACACCUGAUUGGAAUGGACAUGAACAAGCACUCAAAGAAGAAUACAUUGUUUUGGUUACCUUAUGUAGUUCUAAGGAGAGUCGUUUUCUUGACCUUCAUUAUGUUAAAGUCAGCUUGUGCCAGACUUCAGAGGGCUGAUAAACUUGAAGAAUCCCAAUAGAAAAAGCCACCUCAGUGACUAACAUUCUGUUGCCCUCGCUGGUAUCAGUUACCCUUCAAUUAGCAGCUAAAAUCUGAAAUGCACAAAGUAGUAAUGGCUAUUGACAAGAAGCUUGUAAAUGAAUGGGCAGUUCUCCCAGCCUUUCAAAGAGAUCUGAUGAUUCAGCAUGGCAGCACUGCAAGUGCCAAGUAUGAGAUAAUCAGACCUGCAGAGCCGUAUGCUGCAUAGGCAGGAUUGUUUCUGGAAUGACUUUUUGGUUCUUUCUAAGCUACUUUCACCUCUUGUUGGUUGCCAGUCCUGCCUUUGGGAGCAUGAGCAUCAUUGGCUCUGGACUCUUGUUUAAAGGCACUUUGUAAAAUAAUGUAUUGUUUGCACAAAGCCUGUUUCUUAAUUAGAACUGUUAAUGGAAUAAGUAACGCCGAUUGUAAAGGGAUGUAAUGAUGGUUAUAUAGCACUUUCAUCCCAAAGGAUCCCAAAAUGCCUUUCAAGCUAUAUACAGCCACAUAUGCUCCAAACUAUGAGCAUCUCAUGAUAUUUGGGUAUCUUGUUAGUUUCCUGAAUUGACUUUUGACUAUAUUGCUAGUAACUUUUUGUGAGCACACGAUGGCGCCGUUGAAACCAGGUAGUUUUCAGGCCUAACAGUUUGCUCCAUGAAUUUGUUCAGAGCUGAGGGGAAACAUGCGUGUGUCCUGUGUGUUGAUGCUGCAUGCCUAGUGGGAGUGUCAUAACAAAUGGUUGAGGGAAUGGCAGAAGGAGGGGACGCCGGUGCUCCGCCCAUCCAUCUGUGGGUGCGACGGGUAGGCGUCUACUGUGAUGAACGCCGUAAAACAUGGCUCGUGGCUGUGGAAGAGGAGGCAGGUACCCUGAGGGCCCGGAUUCAACGAGUUCGGGUCCCCCUGGGUGAGGCACUGCGACCCAGCCAACUUCCCCCAUCGCAACUGCCUCACAUGUGGCAGCUUUCCGAGGGCGAGCAGUACAGGGAUAGUAACUCUCGCAUUUGGGAGAUACAGCACCACCUAAUGAUCGGGGGAGUUGAGGAGCUGCUGCUUAGACUCAUGCCCGGUGAUUAACCUGUUCUGUGGAUAUGCCCCAGAAGGAUCCCUG